AUGACGCAGGAGAACAAGAAGACGACGGAGCUCAAGGCGCAGGAUGUCACCUACAAAGUCCAGGAGUUCAAGAGCUUGGACAAGUCCCUGGCAGACAUGGGUUCGGACAAGGAGAGUAUGGAUGCGCAGCUGAAGGCAGUCUUGGAGUACUACGCCAAAGACCGCUGCGUCGCCAAACCCGAGGGCUACGAAGAGCGCAAGAGGCGUCGCGAUGCCGAAGUAGCUGGGUUAAAGGAGGCACUGAGCAUCCUGGAGUCGGAGACCGCGUUGGUGCAGGUUCGCUCGAGGAGAGGGCCACCAGGCAGACGUUCCUGCGCCUGUGAAGCCUUCCCAACGAGACGGGGCACCGCCCGCGAGCGGGACUGCUGCGGUUUGCCCGCGCGCCGUGAGAGGGCGAGUAUACUCUUCGUCGUCGUCUGGCGUUGUUUUGGAUUGGUCGUGGAAGGGCGUUGCAUUUGA